GAUGAUUUCCUUAGUUUUGUGGCGAUUUCGCCAGUGAUCAAGGUGAAUUGACUGGCUUGCUAUUUGAAUGUCAAGUAUGACUCCUCCCUUAAAUCGAAAACGAAGCUCAUCUGUUAGUUUUACAAGAGCUAAAGAUGAUAGCGAAGAUGCUGCAGAUGAAAUCCAUAUAUCUUUAGCACCAUAUAUACAAACAUAUUUGGCACAUAGUGGACAAGGACUUGGAUGUUGUGGAAUUAGCCUUCCAGUACCAUUCGAACGUGCAGCACCAAGAUCUUGGUGGAAUCCUAGAUUUGAUUCAGAAAUACUUGAAGAUCAAUUUAAAAGAAGUGCCUUUCCACAAAUUAGAUUAAGAUUCCGGUAUGCUUUAACAUACAUUUUGUUGGUUUCUUUAUCAUGGCUGGUAUAUUUUGUUAUAAUUGGAACAGAAUACAGUACUACAACAUGGCCAGCCAUAGCAGCAGUUUUCACUAUUGUCGGAGCAAUGGUAUCAGCAGUCUUAUAUUUAACACAUACAGAUUAUUAUAAGAGUUAUGUGUUACCAAUUUCAUUGGGUGUUGCAUCCAUGCUUUGCAUUCUGUCUUUACUUUUUCUCACAAUAGUACCACCUUAUAUAGAUGGCUUAACUCUAGUCGGACAUUUUGCAUUAUGUUCUGAGAUUUUGUUAUUAAUUUACACUGUCUUACCAAUGCCGCUGUAUGCUUGCGUGGGAAUAUCAACGAUUUAUUCAUUUCUAUUUGAAUUUUUGACUGCCUACCUAUAUGGUUCAAAAAGUGCAAGAGAACAUUUUUUUAGCAAAUAUGUUUUCUCAAAUACUUCAACAGGGAAUGAUGCCAUUAUAGAUUACAACAAAAUAUCAGCACCUGCAUACUCAUUUUUGAAAAACUUUAAUAACAGUCAAUUUUUUAAUGUGAUGCACGAUGACAACGAAUAUACAACUGCAAGUACGAAACAAGUAUCAGAUUCUCAGAAUUCAACACUGUUAUCUGCUCUGGGAAUGAAUUUAAAUCAAGAAACUAUGAUUGGAAAGAUGUCUGGAGUUUUGAAUGAUACAAAUGUUAUUAAGAACUUAAAUUCUAGCAUAAUGUCAACAAUAGGCAACGUUAAUUCCACUAUAAACGCUUCGUCUAAUGAUUUAAUCUCCAAAGGUAUAAACAAUGCAACUUCGAUAUUGAGAGAAAAUAUAUUAACUCAUAAUAAUGGUGAAAUAUCGAACUAUUUGUUAAGUAGCAACAUAUCUAACCGAUCAUUUUCGGACGAUAAUUAUUUUUCUACGAAUCUUGGAAUAAGAAUCUUAAUGCAGGUCUGCAUUCAUCUGAUAGGUAUACAUAUUUUAAUAAUGACUUUUGUAAGAAUGCGUGGUACGUUUAUGAAAGUGGGUCAAUCAUUAUUGGUUCGACGUCAGUUAGAAAUGGAAAAACAACUUAAAGAGAAAAUGAUUCAUUCAGUGAUGCCGCCUAAAGUCGCAGAUUGGUUAAUGGAAGAAAGCGAACGUGGAAGGGAACGGGAGGAUUCUUUAAAAAAAGGUUCGAUACCGUCCAAUAAUACAGAUAUUCGUUCAUUAUUUCGACCAUUCAAUAUGCAUUCAAUGGAAAACGUUAGUAUCCUAUUUGCCGAUAUUGUUGGGUUUACGCGAAUGAGUUCCAAUAAAACUGCGGAAGAAUUGGUUGGCAUUUUAAAUGAUCUUUUCGAAAGAUUCGACGAUUUAUGUGAACAUCAUGGAUGUGAGAAGAUUUCUACAUUGGGAGACUGUUAUUAUUGUGUAAGUGGGUGUCCAGAGCCAAGGCCAGAUCAUGCAAAAUGUUGUAUUGAAAUGGGAUUAGCCAUGAUAGAAGCUAUAAAACAAUUUGAUAUUGAAAGAAGAGAGGGUGUUAAUAUGAGGGUUGGAGUGCAUACUGGAACUGUACUCUGUGGAAUUGUGGGCACUAAAAGGUUUAAAUUUGAUGUCUGGUCUAAUGAUGUGACUUUAGCAAAUAAAUUAGAAAGUACAGGAAAACCAGGAAGAGUUCACUUGAGUGAAAAAACAUUAAGCUUCCUUAAUGAUAGAUAUCUUACAGAAGAAGGAGAUUUAAUAAAUGGUAUUAAAACUUAUUUCAUUAAAGGUCGAAAAUCAGAUUUCACCUCUCAAUUCAUAAUGAAUAUUACAUCUCCGAAAAGUAUAUCGCCUUUGAUGCAGUCGCGUCAUCGUUUGGCCUCUUGUAAUAGUCAAUCUAAAUCAAAAUGUCAUUAUCUCCACAUGGUUACUAAUACAAGUAAUUACAGAAUGAAAGCAAAUUCUCUGCCAAGUAUUCUAGAUUCCGAAAACGGAGAUACCGAUACCGCAGAUGAAAAGGAGGAUGCAAGUAAAAGUCCGAUAUCUGUUGCCAGUUAUGGGAAGAAAAAAAUGCGGAACAAACCGUGGAAAUAUUUACAGCGACAACGAACUACUGAAGAAAUGACUCCUCUAGAAAUGGAAGAAGCCAAAGCAAUUAUUGCCGAACGAUCAAAAACUGAAUCUCAAUCAUACGAAGAUCGCAAUGGAUUUAGGCAGAAUACAUCUCAAAAUGAUAUUGAAAUGGAUCCAAAUCCUAUACCUUCUAGUCCUUUAUUGUCUGGUCAAGAGCCACUCAGUCGUGCCUCUUCUAUGUGUAGUAGGAAAGAUUCUGGUAUCAGAAGUAAUAGUAGACGUAGCAGUAUACAGCAACAGUUAUUUUUGAUGAAUGGUAUGGCUCAGGGAGAUUUACUGACACACAGAGUGAGUGGCUAUUAUACUUCUAGUUCGACUUUAAAUUCUGUUCAUGAGCCGUCUUCUUCGGUACCACCCUAUCCAUUUCCCCCAGCUGUUACGGACACUUUUGGUGCAUGUUUUCAUAAAUUAAGAAAACAAUCUGAUCUACAAUUAAUCAGGUGUGUUCAAGAUAACGUAAGUUCUCAACGAUCAUACUUCGUAAAACCGCCACUUUCGAGUUUGACUCUCUUUUUCAAGAACAAAGAAAUGGAAAAGGAGUACAGAGAGAAUGCUCACAAGGUUAGCGAAUGUAUCAGUGGAAAUCCACCUACUCUAGCUACCUCGAGAUUCAAUACGUACUUUGAUAUUCUAAUAUCGGCGUUGGUUUACACUGCCGUUACGGUCUCACUGUUUUUACUUUGCGAACCAACGUUAUACUAUAUGAUUUUUUUUGUGUAUGCUACUACCAUUCAAAUUAUAGCGGUGUCACUUUGUAUUCGUCAGCUUUUAUAUCCGAAUAUGGUCCAUGCAACAUUGACACAACGAAUAUUUAAAUUCUUUUCGCAAUGGUAUCCUUGGCAUAUUUGUGGUGCAAUUUUAGUCGGUUUACCAAUUACAUCAAUUCUCCUUAAUUAUACGUGCAGUAACUUUCAUAGUUUAAAUAAUUUUGAAUACUAUUACGGCUACUUGAUCUUUGUUGCUUUAGUUCAUUUUUGUAAUUUCACGCAACUGAAUUGCUGGAUGAAAAAUUUUUUAGUGACAUUCAUGGGUGUAUUGUUUCUUUAUCUCGUGAUGAAUCACGUAUUAUAUAAUCAAGAAAAUCUCGGUAAUCAAUUUCUCAACAACUCGUUAAAUUAUACACAGUCUUCGAUGAAUCAACGUGUUACUGAUUUAAUUAGGAAUCAACUUAAUGAAACUGCUACAAAAAAGAUAUCGAAUAAUAGUCCUAUUUUCUCAUCAAAUUCCACAAUGAAAACCGCUUUUAUGAGACAACAAGAGGCAGAAGUCAGGUACAACGAACGAUUAUACAAUUCCGAGAUUUUUUUAGAUAUGAUACUUUUACUUUUGUUAGUUUGGUUUCUAAAUCGUGAGUUCGAAAUUAGUUAUCGGUUAAGUUUUCAUGGGAAUGCAGUAGCCGCGCGGGAUAAAAGUUGUGUACAGUCUAUGAAAAAUCAAGCCGAUUGGCUUUUACAUAAUAUUAUACCAAAAUACGUUGCCGAUCAGCUAAAAACCACUGCUAAGUAUUCGCAAAAUCACAAAGCCGUAGGAAUCAUCUUUGCAAGCAUAGUGAACUUUAAUGAACUUUAUGACGAAUCUUAUUUAGGUGGUAAAGAAUAUUUGCGUGUGCUUAACGAACUUAUCGGUGACUUCGACGAGUUGUUAGAAAAGUCGGAAUUCUCGAAUGUGGAAAAGAUUAAAACUAUUGGUAGCACGUUUAUGGCGGCAAGCGGUUUAAAUCCACAGGUUAGGCAGCAAAGUGAACACGAGUAUGCGCAUCUAUUUCAAUUAUUAGAUUUUGCUGUGGCGAUGCAUAAAGUAAUAAACGAUUUCAAUCGAGAUUUAUUAGGUUUUAAAUUAAUUUUGAGAAUCGGUUUUAAUUAUGGUGACGUUACGGCCGGAGUAAUCGGAGCUACGAAGUUGUAUUAUGAUAUAUGGGGUGACGCUGUAAAUAUAGCAUCUAGAAUGGAUUCGACUGGAGUCGCUGGAAGAAUACAGGUAGCCAAGAAUGUUUUAGAUGUUCUGUCAGAACAAUACGAGUUCGAGCCACGUGGCCAAGUCUAUGUUAAGGGAAAAGAUAAUAUGGACGUGUUUUUAUUAAUAGGAAAAAAGAACCAUAUUGAUACAACGACGAGCACUUAAAUUUUUUCAGAUGCCUAAUGAUCAAGUCGGUUGUUAAAGAAAUUAAUCUUUUACACGUUACAUCUAUAUCGAGCAUAUAAUCUUUUCCGAAUCAGGCUUCUAGCAACAUUUCGAUCUCGUUAAGAAUUGUAUGAAUCUGCGGUAUAUAAAUAGUACCGUUAACGUUACACACCUGAAAAGCGUACCUUACUCUUUAAUUGCU